AUUCAAUCGUUUGAACGUUACAUGGACUGACCCCACAGAGUUAGUUUCACAUUAUAAAUACCGAAGCUAGGCUUCACAUCUAGAUACAAAAAUUAAGAUAGGAAGCAGCCAUGGAAGCUCCCAAGAUGGAUAACCUUCAGGAGUUUUACUCGUACCAUGGAGUGUUCGAUCCGAACAGCGUAACUGUACGUGGAGCGAAUGAAGGAUCAAGCUGUCAUGGCUCCACCCUCGAUAAAGCGGAUAAAAAGCGCCGUAGAGCGAUCCGUAGGGAAGAGUAUGCUGCUCGCUCUAGGGCGAAGAGGGAGAAAGCUUGUACUGUUGUGGAGGGGUUUCAGAUGAACAAUCUCCAUCAAUUCUACAUGUAUUAUGGAAUGUACGAUCUGAAUAUUGCUGCAGUAGCCGAGAAAAAACGCCUUCAGGUGAUCCGUAACAGGGAGUAUGCUGCUGAAGCAAGGGCAAAGAAACAGGCUUAUAUAGCCAAACUGGAAGCUGAACUAGCCAAGCUUGAAAAGGAGUAUGCAAUUCUGUACAAUGCAUGGAAGGAGAUGGUGGCCGUAUCUGAAAUGAUGAAAUUCCGCAACUUCGUUGCUAUGGAGACUUCUUCUGCACCCCCUUCUAAACUUAAUAAAUCGCUUAAUUCCUUUGUGUUGGAUCUGUGAGAAUAAAGACCUUAUGGGCUUGGAUGAUAUUUAUAAAAUGGAAUUAAGAUAUCUUGGAUUCUUCAU